GCUCGGUUGCAGCAUUCAUUCACACCCUGUGGGUCCAUUCAGUCCUGUUCUUCUUUCACUUUUGCCCUGUUUGGCGCGAGUGUGUUGUCUGCCCGCCCUCGGGCUGCUCCGGCGGAGCGCAGAGGCGGGCGACGACCGGUGACAGGCCUACAAGAGCAGGCCGGGAUAAAAGACGACCGACAGUGGAGACCUGUUUACUUUUGUCCACCGGUCCGGGUCGGACAAACUGGGGUCUGUGCCCCUUCGUUCCACGUUCCAUCACGUGCCAGUCGGUCUCAGAAGCGGUCCACCUCUUCCGGCUGUUGCCACGGCUAUGCGUGCCAUCUGCCCGACCGAGUGAUCCGCUUUGUCUGUCACGUUGAGUUGAGGCUUCUCGGGCAGCAUCGGCAGUUGCCGCCCUCAGACGACGGCGGGCAGAAUAGUACAGUCCAUUUUAUUGUCGAAUUUGGGCACCAUCAGGGCUCUGCUGUCGGGACCGCUGAGUGGGUGGCGUCUCUUGCUCAUACUCUGCGUGGUGCAGGCCUGACUCAGUGUUUCGAGACUGCGCAACAACUCGUACCGCCAAACUCUCGACUUUCUUGCGUCGAGGAUGGAUACGUUGUGCUUACGUUGUGCAGUAGCAGGUGCACGGGUCGUCUUGACUUCACAGUCGCCCGACAGUUUGCGCUACGCAUUUUCGACAAGUACUCGCUGCAUUUUGGCAGUUAUUUAAUGCACUAA